AUGGAGUGAGUUUUUAUUUACGAAAUUUGGAGUGAAAGAGGUUCUUUGAAGAAAAAAGGUCCCGAUUCCAGUUUUUUCAAAAGUUUGAGAAUUUUCAUAAUUAUUUUUUUGAUCAGAUGUCUAAGCAACAGUUGAAAUAAUUUUUUCAAAAUUUCAAUUUAAGGGUAAACUUAUUGAAAAUUUUUUCUGAGACGUGGAAUGGACGUGGAAUAUUUUUGACCAAAAAAAUGAAAUUCCACCUGACAAAAUUCUGAAUAUAAAAUUUUUAGCGGCCAAAUGAAAUUCCACGUGUCUAAAAUUGUGACCCCAAGUUUACGUGUUAACCUAAAAUUGGAAAGGCUGUGACCUUUUUGAGGCUGCUCCAAAUCUUGGCAUUCUUUAAUUCAAAUUCUGUCAGUCAAUUGUAUCGUUUCAAAAAAACAUGAAGUGAGUUAGGAUGGAGAUUGCACUGUAACCCCUUAACCUUCCUCACCCUAAUUACCUUUUUUCAAGAAACAAGAAAUCUUCAUCUGAACCACCAAAUUUACAAAAUCAAAGUGGUCCGCUUCCUGAAUCACCUGCUCCAGCCUCAGCAGCAACUCAAGUCUCAACGCAAGCUUUAACUGAAGCUCCGACUCAAGCUUCAGUUUCUGCUCAGCCACCAACACCAACCUCAACCAAGGCUCCGACACCCGAAAAUGCAAAUCCCAAAGAACCACCAUCUCCAUGUCCUGGUGCAAUUGUUGUAGUUGAACGAAAACAACAACGUCAGGUUGUUAUGAGUAUCGGGCCGAAAAAUGCGCCAAGUUUUGGACCUUAUGAUGAAUUUUGUCCGGUUUGUAGUGUGAGUUUGUGAAAUUAAGAAUCAUUGAAGAAACAAAGAAAAAAUCUAAGAAUCAAAAAAAUUUUGUGAAUUUUCCGAUUCGUAAAAUUUCGAAUUUUUAAUUUUCUGACAAAUUUUUACAUUCAUAAAACUUACACAAACCAUUAUUUUUUGUUUCAGAAAAUUGUCCAAACUCAUGUCGAAUACAAAAUGGGAGCGUGCGCAAUUUUAUGCCUAAUUUUUUGUCUUUUCUUCUUUUGGUUAAUUAUUCCAAUUAUAUUUUUGUGUUGUUGUUUUUGUAUUCGUGAUAGUUAUCAUUAUUGUCCAAAAUGUAGAACUCUCCUUUCUGUUAAAAAACAAUGUUGA